AUGGCUGACGACGACAACUUCGAUAUCGACAUCUACGGCGAUGACUCCUACCAAGACUCGAGCGUGCAGCAAGACACUACCAUAACCGACUCCAACACCCCGAACACAGAGGCGAAUGCUGCGACAUCGAACCACGUACCGGAUACUACCAAGACCGAGAACGGCGAUCAAUCGACCAAAGAGUCUACAGACGAGACGACAAACGGCGAGGGUCAUCAUGACCAGAGUACCCAACAGAUCGCAUCCACAGGAGGCUCGGCUGGCCUUGACGUUCACAAACAAGCACCUCAGCAACAGGGUACAAAGCGCAAGCAGGGCGAAGACGAUGAUCGCCCAACUGACCCCGGCGCCACUGCAGCUCUUAUGAUCAACGAUGUAAAUUGGUGGAUUAGUGAAGAAGACAUUCGCGGAUGGGCCAACCAGAGCGGUUGUGAAGAUGAGCUUGUUGAGGUAACCUUCAAUGAGCACAAAGUCAAUGGCAAGAGUAAAGGUCAAGUUUUCACUCUUUUGAACUCACCACAGGCAGCUACUGCUCUGAAACACCAAAUCGAGAACCUCUUCAGAGACCAAGCCCACACGAAGAAGCCGACCGCCAUCUUCAGUCCUCCGCAUGUCAACCCAUUCAAGACACUGCCAAAGGAUGUUCCCGCGCGAGACAAGGGUCGGAACGACCGCGCUACCUCUGGAAACUACGGCAAUCAAGGUGGCUACAACAACAGAGGUGGAUAUAACAACAACCGUGGCAAUUUCAACAGGGGCGGCAUGGGUUACCAAAACAACCGCAACUUUUCUCCUGCUGGUGGAAACAUGGGUGGCAACAUGGGAGGCUACGGUGCCCAAGCGCCGAUGAACAACUUCGGUAACCCCAUGGGCGGCAUGAACAACUUCGGUGGCGGCUUCAAUCGCGGCGGCAUGAUGGGCGGUAAUAUGCGUGGUGGUAUGGGCAACCGUGGCCGUGGCGGCAAUAUGGGUAUGAAUCCUAUGGGCACAAACCCCAUGGGCGGCAUGAACAUGCCCAUGGGUGGCAACAUGAUGGGCAUGGGAGCCAACAUGAUGGGUAUGGGUGGUGGUAACAUGGGCAUGAUGGGAGGAAUGGGAGGCGGCUUUGGUGGCAACCCAGGAUUUAACCCAGGAUUCUUCCAAGGCAACCAAGGCGGCAACGAUGGCAGCUGGCAAAACCCUCACGGCGCGAAGAGGCCUCGUCCUGAGUAG